AUGCCAGGCCUGUUGUACAUCCAGAAAAACACCUAUAUUGAGCUUCAGAUGAGCAGCAAGCAGAAGAUUGCUGUCAUUGAGGAAGAGAGCAAGAGCAAGAAUAACAAGGAGGAUACAUACAUGGCCAAUGAUAGAGAUGGCCUGUAUCACCAUAAGGAAGGAGAUGGAGGAAAUUGA